AUGGCACCCUCUGAAGGUGUUCCCUUACAAGGUGUACGGUUCGCUUCCAAGAAUGAAGAGAUAGAACCUUCACUUAGCCUCCCAUCCGCGUCACAAAUUCCGGACAAAGCAAGCUCUGAUCAGCAAAUUGAUCCGAAAACAGAAGAUGAAAUUCGCAAACUUGCGUCAGGCUUGCAUAGCUCACAUAUACAACAGAGAAGGAUGAGCAAUUUUCGUUUCGAACCUUGCUCUCUACCAGCAUCUCGUGUUCCAUCCAAUGAGUCUACACCCUACCAAACAUCAAGAGAGCCGACGACAUCCGGCGGCCCCUCACCGAAGACGACGCCUCCUGCCUCCGCAAUGACAACGCCUUUCCUCUCUCCACAAGAAACGCAUUCGGCCCACGACAAAGAAGCAUCCGAGAAAGCCGAGUCCACCAGAGAACACCCCGAAAUUCCGCCUCCUGGUCCCAAAACACAGAUCAGCAAAGGUCUACCACAAGCUACUGGAGAACCUCCAUCUUCGAGUGUAUCUGCUUCUCAGCCAUCUACAGGAGAUUACGACUCCACUAGACCCACAUCAUUGUCGCAAGAAUCCAACAGUAACGAUGUGCAUGCCAAAGAGGACGGACAAUUCUCCAGAGGCCCGAGUGGGAGUUCAUCAUCACAAUCUCGUUCAAGAGGAACAAGUCCAGCGGAGAGAGGUCGUGGAUCAGCUGCAUCGCAAGCAGGACUUCCUAGACCGUUGACUCCUAUGGGUGACAAAGAUGAUCCUUAUGCCAGAAAUAAGAGGCCCGCGCAAACCAAAAACUUGGAAACGAUUGACGCGAGAUUCAAAUUUGGGUCUAGCGAUUCUCGCCGAAGAUCGGGCAUAAACUUCAGCUCGGCCGAAGUUUCUUCAUCCCAGCCUUCCACGAGUGGUGGGAAAGACACGAAAAGUGAACAUCGAAAGUCGGCAUUCUCACUUCUAGGCGGAAAAGAUAAUCAUACAGGAGAAGACAAACAUGACAGGCAUGAGAAACAUCAUGGAUCGAUGUCAGAUCUCAAGCGGUUCUUCGGAAUUGGCUCGCAUCAUCACAAAACCAAGCGGAGUGCGUCGCCUGCAGCCUCCCUUCGAGGGUCUGUCGAUAAGAAGUCCGGGAUAAAAACACCUCCCCGCCAUGGAUCGUCCAUUGCUGUGCCGUUUGCGGACGACCAUGGCUUGGAAAAGAAAUAUGGCAAAUUUAACAAGAUACUGGGCUCGGGCGCUGGUGGGUCCGUCAAGCUUUUGAAGCGCUCUAGUGAUGGUAGAACUUUUGCAGUCAAACAAUUUCGAGAUCGGCACAAUUAUGAGUCGCAACGGGAUUACAAUAAGAAGGUCACAGCAGAAUUCUGCAUUGGCUCAACCCUCCACCACGGGAACAUAAUAGAAACGCUAGAUAUCAUACAAGAAGCAGGGCAUUGGUUUGAAGUGAUGGAAUACGCACCAUUUGAUUUAUUUGCUAUUGUCAUGACUGGUAAGAUGACUCGAGAAGAAGUCACUUGUUGCUUUCUCCAGAUUGUGAACGGAGUCGCUUUCUUGCAUGGCUCGGGACUUGCUCACCGAGAUCUCAAAUUGGACAACGUUGUGGUAAACGAGAAUGGUAUAAUGAAAAUAAUCGACUUCGGCAGCGCCAGUGUUUUCAAGUAUCCUUUUGAGACUGAUAUAAUUCUGGCUUCUGGCGUGGUAGGCUCAGACCCUUAUCUCGCGCCGGAGGUUUAUGAUGAACGUAAGUAUGACCCGCAACCAGCGGACGUCUGGUCGCUGGCGAUCAUUUUUGCAUGCAUGACUCUUCGGCGGUUUCCGUGGAAAGCACCCCGCCUUAGCGACAAUUCCUUCAAGAUGUUUGUAGCAGAGCCACACACAAACCCUGAGGACAUCCUCCAAAAGGAACUUGCAGGAAAAGAGAGAGCCAAAUCAACCGCGACCUCACCUCAAAUAGCUGCAGAGAGAAAGAGCAGCGCCGAGCAUGGCAGUGACCAAAGUCAUCAUCACCAUCAUCAUCACCACCAUCCUGAGAAGCGUGAAGAUGACAGUUCGGCCAAGGUUGGAGAUACAGCCCGAAAUAGUGUAGCAGCACCAGCCAACCGAGCCGACGGAUCAAAGGGAGAAGUAAUUAGGGGCCCUUGGAGGUUACUGCGCCUGUUACCAAGAGAAACCAGGUCCAUCAUGGGAGCAAUGCUGAAAACAGACCCAAAACAGCGCGCCACUCUUGAUGAGAUAAUGGCAGACCCGUGGAUAAGCAAUGCCGCAGUGUGCCAGCAACUUGAACACGGGGACGUACUCAGAGCUGGUACUCACCCUCAUGUUUUGGAACCGGGUUCAAGCACACCUGCGCCAAGUGCUAAGCAGUGA